UGUGGGUGCGUACAUUGAAAACCUUCCAGAGCCGAUGAGAACCUACUGUCGUGAUUUUGAAGUAAGGUACAAACCAGAUGAAAUGUUAUAGUAUGUAGAGACAUUUGCAGACAAAACACGAUUUCGUCCAGUUAGUUUGUGCAAGAAAACGUCACCGCUGUUGACCGACUUGGCGAGCGUUGACAGCUUGUGUUAGCCGCAUGUGAACCAGCCGAAGAUUCUCGCUGAAUGCUCUGUGUACAAAAGUUAAUGAUCUCACAAGUUUACCUGUAUUAAAUCACACGGCCACGCCAGAUUCCUCAGAGUUGUCAGAGUUAUUCUAACUCAGCAGGUGGUGUGGACAGUAUCGCUCGCAUAUUAGCAGAAUGGGUGUGAAAGGUCUGCAAUACUUUAUGGACCAAUGCUGCCCGGAGGCCUGUGAGGCUGUUGACCUGAGAGAGAUGGCAAGACAACAUAUUGCUAAAGGCCGGCAUAAUACGUGCACAACCAACGAUACCAAUCCCACACUUGUUGUGGAUGGUAUGGCCUGCCUGCGCCAUUGGUAUUCAUGUAAGGACUGGGUGUGUGGAGGUCAGUGGAAGGAGUUCAUGGGCCUCCUGGAACAUUGGGUGAAGGCCUUUACAUCCGCAGGCAUCAAACUAGUUUUCUUCUUUGAUGGGGUGGUUGAGGAACAGAAGAGACAGGAGUGGGUAAAAAGAAGGCUCAGAGUAAAUGGAGACAUUUAUAAAGUUUUCCGACACAUCAAGGCCCAUGGGGAGCAACCUGAUCAGAAGCUGUUCUGUCUGCCCUCGGGUCUGGGAACCUUCACAAGCUUCGCCCUCAGGUCACUGGGUCAGAAGGUGUUCAGCACGGUGCAGGAGGCUGACUACGAGAUUGCUAGUUAUGCGCGCGACCAUGGCUGCAUGGGCAUUCUAGGACAAGACUCAGACUUCAUCAUCUAUGACAGUGUGCCAUACCUGUCAGUGGCGAAGCUGCGGCUAGAUGGCCUCAUCACUGUCCUCUACAACCGAGAGGGCCUCUGCAGAUAUCUCAGGCUGGCUCCUGCCCAGUUACCAUUCCUGGCCUGUCUUCUAGGCAAUGAUGUGGUGUCAGAGGAUCAAAUGCAGCACAUAAGGAACAAUGCCAUGGCGGAGUACAGGAGAAGCUGUCCACCACGAUCCUCUGGGACCUCCCAUGGGAUGAAAAUACUUGCUUUAGCCCAGCUAGUAAGCUCUGUGGGGGACAGGGAGGAGAGAGAGUCUGGGCUUGUACCUCGGUCUCUGGUUCUGUCAGCCACAGACAGAGAGCUCUUGGAGAAAGGGAUCCGCUCCUACUUGCUGCCUGGACAGGAGCUUUUCCAUGGAGUUGACAUCCCACCAUUUUCUUCUGGCUCUGCCUGUGUGAUGGAGAAGUUCAUCAGUCCUGACAUACUGCAGGUUUGUCGGGAGAAGCAUAUAGAAGCAGAGGGUUUCAUGGUGUACGGUGUUUUGUAUGAGGGAGUGGUUGAAUGUAGCAAUACUCUGGAAGAUGAAGAGGAGACAGAACUACUGCCACAGGCUCUGGUCUACAGGCCCUGCAGAGAAAAAAUCUAUGGCCUACUGUUGCAUAGGGAUAAUGGCAACAGUGUGGAAGUGCCACUUGUGAAAGAAUGGUUUGUCUACCCUGGGAAUACCCUGAAAGAACCUGACAUGGUCAAACCUGUCCCAUUCAACCUCCCAGGCAGUCAGCCCAGUCUGGAGAUGUUGUGGUUUGGUAGUGGCCCUGAAGUUUGUGGUCUCCGCCUGGCCUCCUUCCUGUCAGUCUUUGACUGCCAGGAGUUUUCUGAACUGUAUGGAACCAUAGAAGACUGUUUCCUGGCAACACUUUGCCUGGUCACUUACAUAGUCCUUCAGGUACAGCAGCUGUCCCUAGAAGACAUGGAGGCUUAUUUGAGUCAAGCUGUGUGUUUGAGGCUCAAUUCACACCAAGAGCUUAAGAAUAUAAAGCUGCCUUACAUCUCCAGCCGCGCGGUGCAGCUGGGCUCUCUCUACGUGCGAGGACUGAGUCACCUGCUGGGGGCCAACUGUGCCGCCGGCUGCCCGCUGCUGAGCAACGCCCUGAUGCCCUGGCACAGCUUCGAUGGACGGCUGUUCCAUGCCAAGUACUUAAUGGCACACUCUGGGACCGAGCACACAGUGCUGUUGGACAGCGAUGCCUCCUGUCUGUCUCUUUUCCUCUGCCUGAGGGAGAAGGUCCUAGACGUUUGUAAGAAGAGAGACAGAGCCCUGCUGUCCAAACCCAGACCCAGAAUCAGCACAUAUGAAUUGUCUCCUAAAGCCACAGAAGGGCCUACACAUGGAGAUGGACGUCGGGUUGGUUAUGCUCAUGCAGGAAAUCUUGCAGGUGGCAGUGAUGAAUGGAGGAGGAAGGAAGAGAGGAGAGGAAAAUAUCAACCCAGAGUUGAAUGGGGGAUGAGAGAGGGGAUGAGAGGAGCGCAAAGUAGAUUCCAAAAUAGAGAGGAAUUAAUGGAGAAAAGAGGUCAAAGAGGAGGAGAGAGAGGAGGAGAUAACCAGUCAGGGGCCCCUCAGCAGCUUGCUUUUCAUCCCCAGUUUUAUCCUGACUACAGCGAUGGAAGGUUAUUGAACAUGAGUCCUCUUCCAGCACAGACCAGAGGUCGAACUAGACACCCUACCAGAAGGAGAUAGCAGCUUGCUCCUUGGUGGUCCAAGCCUCCUGCCCCAGGAACUGGGUGAGUGGAGAAGAAUAAGGAGGGGAGAGGAAUUGAGAAGAUGAAAGGAGGGGAGGGAUUGUGGGGAGUGGAAAGAAACGUGAGGCUGGAUGAAGACAUGAUGAAAGGAGAGAGGGGUCAAUUUACCCUGAACAAACUGAUUUAGUGAAUCACCCAACAGGACUGUUUGUCUAAAGGAUGGAGUGGGAACACAGAUGGGGAAUAACAUGAGGCCGAAUGGAGAGAUUAAGAUUGCUUUAUACAAGGGAAGCCAAGUCUCUCUCUGUGCAUUACUCAUAUAUGCACACAUAUAUCCCCAUAAAAUAAGUUACCUUCAGUGUAGCAGGUCUUACAGGUUAUCAGUUUCUUUGGUUACUGAAGAUGUAAUACAACUACCUGCCCAUAUAUUUACACAUUCACAGCUGGAAUACUAUUUGUGGCAAGGAUCAAACCUGUCAGUUAUUAGACACCCUUGCUACCUGUAGGCCAGCUUACUGCUUCUUGAUGAAAGAGAGAAAAUGGUUGAUACAAAGCAGGAUUCACCAAAUAAACACAGAUGCAGGCUGCUUCAAACAUGACAUGCUGAGUAGUGGCUUAAAGUUUAAUCCUUAAAUCUACUUUUUUUCUGUUAUCUUUUGAGAAAGAGGCUCUUCAAGACAUAGUGUAUACAAUGACAGAGUAAUCUCAGUUGCUACUGGGUUCAGCUGAAAGUGCUUCUGACUUUGGUAUCGGUUGUCAACUAAAGCAGGAUAUGCAUGAUCCUAUAUCAGAAGAUCAUGCAGUAUUUGUAUCCAUUACACGACGUCACAUGUUAAUGUAAAUAAUCAUAAAGAAAUGUGUUAAUUUUUCUGUUCCUUUCAUGAAAUAAUAGACCUUUAUAAAUGAGUAAAAUGGAUUUAUUUCAGCCUAUCUUGACUGGUGACUAAAAGUCAUGGACUAUUGUUCCUAAAAACCGAUCAGGGUUUCAUCAAUUAACAUGUUCUCAAUCAGUUUUUCCAAUGUUAUCUGUCUUUUCCAGAAAUGAUUGUGGGUUUUAGUGUUUUUACAGUCAGUAUCAUUCAGCAUACACAUCAUUGCAGAAGCUUUGUCAUUGGCUUGUUUUGAACAUCCUUCAAGAUGUAUUUAGCAUCAUCAUUAACUCUUGACAUUAACACCCAUUAGUACAUUUUAGCAUGGCAAAUAACGGCCAAAGCCCUAGAACCCAAAUUCAACAUGUUCAGUCAAAAGUCCAAUAUCAGAGUGAGAGGAGUGGAAAUCUCAAGUCACAUAAAUGGAAGUAAGAAACUUAAGUGACCAUGUGAAUUCCAUGUAGGAGAAUGUAUGGAAAAUGCUUGAUCAUGCUGUUCUCAGAAUUGCAGUAAGGAUGAUAGUUAAAACAUUGUUUGCCUGUCAAGAUGGUCAUUGUGAGUUUAUGGGUAUUAGCUUCUAGACCAAUUGGCUUUUGGUGUGGGUGACAAAUUCUGAUUAUCUCCAUCAGCCGGUAGCCUGGAGGGGAUUAUGUGUUUGGUCGUGCGUGCAUGUGUGUGCGCACACAUGCAUGUCUUUCCAUGGCUAAUCUCACAAACUACUGGACUUAUCAGCGUAAUUUUUUUUUUUUGUGCAGUUAUGACUGUAUGACAAAGAACCCAAUUUCCCCUGGGGGAUGAAUAAAGUAUUCCAGUUCUCAUUCUCAUUCUCUUGUGGUUGCGGUCUGUGUAAGUUGUAGUUGUUUUAUACCUUUUUUGGAGGAACCGAAAAAAAAGACCAUUACAGUAAUCUAAUCUACUGGAAACAAAGGCAUGGAGAAGUUUUUCCAGUUUUUGACCUAAAUCCUCUAAUUCUUGCUAUGUUUUAAAGAUGAUAACAUGCUGACUUAUUUACUGUUUCCAUCAAAUUUUAGUUCUGAGUCUAAAUAUACCAAGACUUCUGGCUUGACUUGUAGUCUUCAUUUACAGGCAUUCAAGAUGAGCGCUAACUUUUAGCCUCUCUUUCCUAUGACCAGAAAUACUGGUUUAAGUUUUUUUCUAUUUAAUUGGAGGAAGUUUUGGCACAUAUAGUUAUUGAUUUGUUCAAAGCAGCUGCGUAACAAAUAUAUUGGGCCGUAAUCACUAGGUGAAAGAGCUGUAUAAAUCUGAGUAUCAUCUGUGCAAAUGCAAUAAGCAAUUAUGUCAUUUUGCAUAACUUGACCUA